AUGAAGUUAGCUGACGACCUCAAAAACGAACAAGACCACUCUAGCCAAAUUGAAAAAUUAAGAAAAGCUUUGGAAUCUCAAGUCAAAGAACUCCAAGCUAGAUUGGACGAAGCCGAAGCCAACGCUCUUAAAGGAGGUAAGAAGACAAUUCAAAAACUGGAACAGAGAGUGCGUGAAUUGGAAGUUGAGCUUGAAAAUGAACAGAGAAGAUACUCAGAAUCAGAUAAGAACUUGAGGAAACAAGACAGACGAUUGAAAGAAUUGGCAGUUCAGGCUGAAGAAGACCACAAAGCUCACGAAAGAUACGUCAGCGAAAUUGAUGCCUUACAACAGAAGAUCAAAACAUACAAGAGACAAAUUGAAGAAGCUGAAGAAAUUGCUGCUGUUAACCUGGCUAAAUACAGAAAAGUGCAACAUGACUUGGAAGAAUCUGAAGAGCGAGCAGAACAAGCCGAGAAUGCAGUGUCCAAGAUGAGAGCCAAGUCUCUCAAAGAUAUAGGGACUUUAAUUCUCGUAUAA